AUGUCGGCUCAACUAUCGAAGACAGACUCAGAAGCGAGCAGCCUAACUCCAUCAUCACCCACAACGUCAUCGCCUCCCCGCCGCCCUGUAUAUUAUGUGCAGAGUCCAUCAAGAGACUCCCAUGACGGCGAAAAAACCACAAACUCAUUCCACUCUACUCCUGUACUUAGCCCAGUGGGUUCACCCCCUCACUCUCAUUCCAACUCUUCCUUAGGGCCUCAUUCCCGCGAGUCCUCCUCUACACGCUACUCUGCCUCCCUUAAGCCUCACAAGCAACACAAGACCGAUGGAUCCAAUAGCAAAGGCCGAAAGCCCUGGAAAGGAUUCGACGCCAUUGAAGAAGAAGGACUUCUUGAUGGUGAUAUUGGCCCACAUGGCAUUCCUCGUCGCUGCUACUUUCUUGCUUUCAUUGUGGGGUUCUGCAUGCUCUUCUCUUUGUUCUCCUUGAUUCUUUGGGGCGCAAGUCGGCCUCAAAAACCCACCAUCACCAUGAAGAACAUAAUGUUCGAUCAAUUUAUUGUACAAGCUGGAAUGGACUUCUCUGGAGUGGCAACAGAAAUGGUGUCAAUGAACUGCACAGUGAAGCUCACAUUUCGCAACACUGCUACAUUUUUCGGUGUCCAUGUUACAUCAAAACCUCUGGAUCUAUCUUACUCUCAACUCACUGUGGCUACUGGCACUAUAACUAAGUUCUAUCAACCAAGAAAGAGUCAAAGAACGUUAACAGUAUUGGUAAAAGGGAGUAAAAUUCCAUUGUAUGGAGGGGGAGCAAGCUUGAGCAGUUUGAACGGUGCACCAAUUCAACCCGUGCCAUUGAUACUUAACUUCAUGGUUAGAUCAAGAGCUUAUGUUCUAGGCAAGCUGGUCAAGUCCAGAUUCUACAGAAGGAUCGAGUGCCCUGUGGUCAUGGAUCCUAAAAAAAUGAGUCGCGCAAUUUCUCUCAAGAAUCAAUGCACUUAUCAAUGA